AGAAACUAUCAUAGCUUUAUCAUGGUUUGUUGUAAUUAAUAUUGAGAAUUGAAAACAAUACUCAGUUAACGCGUCAGUUUGACAUUUUAGACGUCAAAAAAUGUUGUGUUUUUAACCAAGAAGAGGAAUUACAUAGAAGGUGUAAAUAGUUCGUGUUCUAGUGAAGAUCUUGAAUUGAAAAACAAAGAAAGUCGUAGAAGCAUCGACCGAUCAAUAUGGCAAUUUGUGUUGCAAUCAUUGGAAAGGACAAUUCCCCCAAGUACUUUGCCUGUUCGAAUCCGGACGAUGAAAUUAAUCUUCAAUAUAAAGUGCUUUCAUCGUUGGAUGUGAUCGAGGAGAAACUGAAUACGGCUAAUAAAGUGACCGAUUUCAGGGAAUUGUUUUUGGGAACUCUGUAUUCAUUGGAAAGCCACAAAAUAUAUGGAUAUGUGACUAAUACUAAAAUCAAAUUCAUAAUCGUCGUUGAUUCCACGAACACAGCUUUGCGCGAUAACGAGAUCCGCUCGAUGUUCAGGAAAAUCCAUAGCAUAUACGCCGACAAUAUCUGUAAUCCAUUCCAUAUUCCAGGGGAGCCAAUUACUUCCAAGUCUUUCCAUGAUAAGGCCACCAGUAUUAUGUUUGGAACUGUUUGAUUUCUGAUGGAGUAAUAAGGGUUAACAGUUUAUUACACGAUGUAAUUUUAAAUGUAAUCUG